AGCGUCAACGCCCUUUACCUUCCGAUAAUUUUCCUCCCUGACCCUCCGGCGACGAGACGUCUUCCGACCGGCAGCAAUGCAGAGACUCUCCCUGUCAAACUCCCCUUCGAGGAUGCCGCCGACCGCCGGCGGGAAGGGAGAGCAAACCCCAGGGAGCCGCAGAGACGAGGACGAGGUGACGGAGGAGGUGGAGGAAGCCAAGGGGGAGAAGCCGCGGCAGGCGGGUUGCCGAAGCGAGCGAUGCGUACACCUCAUUCCCUGCGUCCUCCUCCUCUGCAUUCUCGUUCUCUACCUAUUUUCCUACGAUCCGCUCCAGAAAGAUGCUUCGAAGAUCGCCGAUAUGGAGCUAUUUUCCGACAGGAGGCACGGCGACUUCAUGGCGCUCUAUAGUCACCGCAGUCUACAGCAAGCGGCGAAGAAGGGUGCUGCUGCGACGCCGUCCACUCCACACCAUCGAUACAGAAAGUUCGCCGCCUUUUAGUGAUUAAGAAAGAUCCUUCAUCUCCUUGUAGAACGCCCGAGCCACAUUCUGUCGCACGUGUUUAUAUUCCCCAUUCUUUCUCGCUCUCUCACCGGAGAUGAUCUCAGAUAGCUGGAUAAAACGCAAAAAUUGAAAGGAAAAGAAAAAAAAAAGGCUCGGCGUCGGAGUCCGGGCUUCGCUGCCGUUCUCCGCUCCUCGUGUUACGUGCUGAGACAUGGUGAAGGGAGCAACGCCACACGUGCUUGCUUCCCGGGACCUGCGUUAUCCGUUGAGCUUAGCUGUCUUAGGCCCGUGAGUGGGCCUAUGAAUUAUUGCACUUCUGAGGCUAUUACUUUCCCUGUUGGUGGGGCCGCCGCUGUAGGUUCCCGUUGGUGGUGUCCCGCCUCUCUUUCCGCUGUAAUUUUUUUCCUUUUCUCCUGCAGUAGCUGCAAUCUCCGGUCCUUCUGUGAUGAAAAAGAAAUGAUGCUUGUCGUUAAAUGAAGGUUUCUCUAAUAUGAUCCAUAGUUUUGUUAUGAA